AUGGCGGUGGCACGGAAAAUCAAAACUUUGUUGACGGUGAACAUCUUGGUCUUCGUGGGCAUCAUCCUCUUCUCCGUCUACUGCAGGAUCCAGGACCGCUCCCAGGAGCUGGUGCAGAUCGUCCGGAGCGCGGACCGCCGGGCCAGGAGCCGCGGCGCCAAGGUGGGCAGCCUGGCCGACAGGGAGUCCAUCCUGCAGCGCCUGGACCACCUGGAGGAAGUGGUCUACAACCAGCUCAAUGGUUUGGCAAAGCCCAUGGGAUUAGUUGAAGGUCCAGGAGGCUUGGGCCAGGGGGGAAUGGCUGCAACGCUGAGAGAUGAUAGCCAUGAAUCAGAGACUAAGUAUGAAGAAUAUGGUUACAAUGCCCAACUCAGUGACAGGAUAUCCCUGGACAGGUCCAUCCCUGACUACAGACCAAAAAAGUGCAAGCAGAUGACCUACCCAGAUGACCUGCCCCAGAUCUCAGUGGUGUUCAUAUUUGUGAACGAGGCUCUCUCUGUCAUCCUGCGCUCCGUGCACAGCGUGGUGAACCACACCCCAUCCCACCUGCUCAAGGAGAUCAUCCUGGUGGAUGACAACAGUGACAAUGUUGAGCUGAAGUUUAACCUGGACCAGUAUGUCCAUAAGAGGUACCCAGGUCUGGUGAAAAUAGUGCGUAACACCAAACGGGAGGGGCUGAUCCGAGCCAGGAUCCAGGGCUGGAAAGCAGCAACCUCUCCUGUGGUCGGGUUCUUUGAUGCCCACGUGGAGUUCAACAUUGGCUGGGUGGAACCUGCGCUUACCCGGAUCAAGGAGGAUCGCAAGCGGAUCAUCCUGCCCGCCAUUGACAACAUCAAGUACAACACCUUUGAGGUGCAGCAGUAUGCCAACGCUGCCCACGGCUACAACUGGGGGCUCUGGUGCAUGUACAUAAUCCCACCACAGGACUGGCUCGAUAAAGGGGAUGAGUCAGCUCCCAUCAGGACACCAGCCAUGAUCGGAUGCUCUUUUGUGGUGGACCGAGAGUAUUUUGGUGAGAUUGGCCUGCUUGACCCUGGCAUGGAGGUCUAUGGAGGAGAAAACAUUGAAUUAGGCAUGAGGGUGUGGCAGUGCGGGGGCAGCAUGGAGGUGCUGCCCUGCUCCCGCGUGGCGCACAUCGAGCGCACCAAGAAGCCCUACAACAACGACAUCGACUACUAUGCAAAGCGCAACGCCCUGCGCGCCGCCGAGGUCUGGAUGGAUGACUUCAAGUCACACGUGUACAUGGCCUGGAACAUCCCCAUGGCAAACCCCGGAGUUGACUUUGGAGACGUUUCUGAAAGGAUUGCUCUGCGACAGAGACUGCAGUGCCGGAGCUUUAAGUGGUACUUGGAGAACGUGUACCCUGAGAUGAGGGUUUACAAUAACACAGUCACUUAUGGAGAGGUGCGGAACAGCAAAGCCAGCGGCUACUGCCUGGACCAGGGGGCCGAAGAGGAUGACAAAGCCAUCCUUUAUCCAUGCCAUGGAAUGUCCUCCCAGCUUGUCCGCUACAGCUCGGAAGGUGUCCUGCAGCUGGGGCCACUGGGCUCCACCGCCUUCCUGCCCGACUCCAAAUGCCUGGUGGACGAUGGAAAGGGCAGGACACCCACCCUCAAGAAGUGUGAAGACGUCCUGAGGCCAGCACAGAGGUUCUGGGAUUUCACACAGAAUGGUCCAAUCAUCAGCAGAGACACUGGCCGUUGUCUAGAGGUGGAAAUGUCAAAGGAUGCAAAUUUUGGGCUCAGAUUAGUUGUACAGAGGUGCUCGGGGCAGAAAUGGAUGAUUAGAAACUGGAUCAAGCAUGGUCGGCACUGA